ACCAACUAUGUAUAACUUUUGCUUUCUGGGGCUCACUUUUCUCAUCUGUAAAAUGGGGAAUAAUACUUCCUGCCUGCCUGCCUCCCAAGGGAAAUAGGUCAAAUCUUGACAAGCGUCAAGAAUUGUGUUCCACAUCAUCAGCAUCCUUGCUGUAGAUAGCUCCACACACGACUUGGAAAGUAGAAAUAGGACUGCCAGGAGCUCUCCUUUUGAAGGAGGUCUUACCUCAUAGAGGGUGACAAAUGUGGGUGGGACGCUGCACUUUAAGGCGCUGGAUGCUCAGAGACGCCUGAGCCGAAGGCUAGUCGUUGUCCGCGGUGCUGAAGAUCGCGCAGGGUGGAGGUGCAGCCGGGCCUUCCGAGUUCCCAAAGUUCCUUUCCGGUGCAGGCGGGAUUCCUGGGAUCAGACAUGGGGGUAGUCUUUGGCUCCCGUCAUCCUGGCCCAUCAGGCUGACAGGGAGGGGCCCCUAAAGUCAUACCUCAGGACAUCCUGGGGGCCCUCGAUCGGUUUCCUUCCCCACUCCCACCCAAGGCUCAAAGCUGGGGAGACUUUUAGGGGAAAAAAAAUCCGAGCCCCACCCUGCCACUCAUCUAACCCUUUCGGUCUUUCUAGCCCGGUAGGGCCGCUUGUUAGUGCGGCAGGGUGGAAAAAGGCAGUGAUCAGCGGCGGUCCUGUCCUAGCCGGAAGCGAAGAAAGGCCUGGAAAAGAUGAGAGGGUUGGGACCUGGCUGACCAAGGCCUGAGCUUGGGUCCUUGGGCCUGGGAUCUCCGUAGUCGCGUCCCUCUGGCCAUAAAUAUCGUUCCCUGGACUGGGGCGCCCCCGUGUGGUCUUAGAGGGGCCAUGCUUGCGGAGCUGAUUCCAAAUGGGGAUGUUGCCAGAUCAAGUGGCAAGAUUUGCAUCGAGUUCGGAGAUGACUCUCGCCUCAUAAAUGUAGGAUUUUAAGCCAAAAAUGUGGGAUCCAGUCUGAGGAGUCAGAAUGUGACUCCUGUAGGCUCUCCCAGCAGUUUGAAUGCGUUAGUGGGUCCUGGAAGGGUUUACUUUGAGUAUAAUCCGGGAAAGGGGUCAGGGCUGGGACUGAGGGGGGCUUCUCCUUCCUUCUCUCCUGAUGCAUUUGGCUGGCAGUCAGCAUACGAUAGGAGAGUCUGUGAACCCGCUGGACCAGGACAGAGGGAUACAAAACAAACAGUUAUGAGAGAAAGGGAUUCAGAGCCAGGAGACAGAGACCAGUAGGGGCACAUCCCUGCUGCCUCUUCUUUGCCACUCCAAUACACUGGCCAGUUCCUCCUCCUCGCUCCUGCUGUCUCUCCCAUUGGGUUAGGAAGUAUGGAAAUGUGGGAAGUUGCCAUGACAACUUAUGUCCUUUUACCCCUUCGCAUCUCUGUGCCAAAAUGGGAAGAGGAGGGGUGCGACAGGCAGAAAAGGAGGAGCCGAAGAAGGGCAAUAAGAGAUAAGGUUCAUUCCCGUUCUAGCUCUCUUUUAAAAACCCAUGGGUGCCCGCUUCCCCAUCAGAAAUCCGGAAAACAUUUCCAGAGAAGGCUAUGAGUAGAGUCCGUGCCUGCUUUCCCCUUCCCCCGUCCCUUCCCCUGUCUAGGAACUUUGAGGGCGGGUGCUUCAGAUGAUGGGGCCAGGGUGAGCUCUCCGCGUGCGUCCCAGAGAAGAUAGGGAACGGAAGGAGGCGCUGAUGUCUGAGAUCUUAGUCUUGCCGAUCCGGCCCUCCGGCGCCGCCCGUGCAGGGCCCACUAGGCUGGGGGCGGAGACCAGACCGCACAGAGCCUUGGGGGCGGAGCUUGGCUACCGCGCUCUCUGCCGAACCAUGAACCGAUGCCCCCGCAGAUGCCGGAGCCCAUUGGGGCAGGCAGCGCGAUCCCUCUAUCAGCUGGUGACUGGGUCACUGUCGCCAGACAGCGUGGAAGAUGAGUUUGAACUAUCCACCGUGUGUCACCGGCCUGAAGGUCUGGAGCAGCUGCAAGAACAAACCAAGUUCACGCGCAAGGAGUUGCAGGUCCUGUACCGGGGCUUCAAGAAUGAAUGUCCCAGUGGAAUUGUCAAUGAGGAGAACUUCAAGCAGAUUUACUCCCAGUUCUUUCCUCAAGGAGACUCCAGCACAUAUGCCACUUUUCUCUUCAAUGCCUUUGACACCAACCAUGAUGGCUCGGUCAGUUUUGAGGACUUUGUGGCUGGCUUGUCAGUGAUUCUUCGGGGAACCAUAGAUGACAGGCUGAACUGGGCCUUCAACCUGUAUGACCUCAACAAGGAUGGCUGCAUCACCAAGGAGGAAAUGCUUGAUAUCAUGAAGUCCAUCUAUGACAUGAUGGGCAAGUAUACGUAUCCUGCACUCCGGGAGGAGGCUCCAAGGGAACACGUGGAGAGUUUCUUCCAGAAGAUGGACAGGAACAAGGAUGGCGUGGUGACCAUUGAGGAAUUCAUUGAGUCUUGUCAAAAGGGCACCAUUAUGUGGUGACUAAGCUUCACCAUCCACAGAAGGGGGAUCGGGCCUUCUCUUCCAUCACUGUACACAUUGAGAAGGUCAAGGGAGGGGUAUGGUGUCCAAGAAACAAAAAUUUACUUCCAAAUUUUUUUUUUAAUUUAAUUUAAUUAAUUAAUUUUUUUUGUGAGGAAGAUCGGCCCUGAGCUAACAUCUGCCAGUCCUCCUCUUUUUGCUGAGGAAGACUGGCCCUGGGCUAACAUCCAUGCCCAUCUUCCUCCACUUUAUAUGGGACGCCGCCACAGCAUGGCUUGACAAGCAGUGUGUCAGUGCGCACCCGGGAUCCAAACCAGCGAAUCCCGGGCUGCCACAGCAGAGCGCAGGCACUUAACCACUUGCGCCACCGGGCCAGCCCCCAAAAACUUACUUCCCAAGUCCAUCAUUUUGUCACCUGUGUUCCCUGCUUACAUUAUCACACAACUAUCUGCUCCUUAGGUCCUUGGGUUUCUUUGGGUCACAACCCCUUUGAAGGAUCUGAUGCAAGUUGUGGGCCCACUGUCCAGAAGAAAAAAAAUGCACACUUUUCCAUAUAUUUUUGUAUCCCUGAAGCCCAUCUAUGGACCCUAAGUUAAGAAUCUGUGAUCUAGUCUACCUCUCAGCCUUUCAUUGUACAGAAGAGGAAACAGGCCCAAAGAGAGGAGAGGACCUGCUCAAGGUCACUCAGCGAGUUUAUAGGAGGAUCAAGACUAGACCCUGUCCCCCAGGUCUCUGUCCAGGGUAGCCUUGGGGCACAGUAAAGAUUUGUGCGUGAAAGAUGGAGAUGCUUUGCAUGUCAUGCAUAAUCUAAACAAAAUGACACUGUGACAGGCUCUCACGAUACCCUAUACUUUUCUUUCAUGGCAUUUCUCAGUUUGUAACCAUAUAUUUAUUUGAGUGAUUAUGUGUCUUCUCCAAUACACUAUAAGCUCCUGAGUGGGGCUUGAGUGCCUAGACUAGAUUUUUUUCCUUCACCAUCCUAUCCUCAGGGCCUGGCACAUAAUAGGCAGUCAAUAAUUAUGUGAAUAAUUGUAUGAAUGGAUGAAUGAGCAUGGUGAGUGUGCGUAUAUAACUGGGUUAGGUAUGGAGACAGUCCCUGUAUUUUAGGGUAGAUCUAAGUUUAACAGAAAUUGAAGUCUGAAGCCGAGAAUUUCUAGUGAGGUGAGAAGUGCCCCAGAGCAAGGGCACACAAAUGGGAUGCAGAAGAAAAACAGCAGGUUGGCAUUCUGAUCAUUUUUUCUGGCCGUAAGUUGGAUUCUGAAUGCUAAGAGCUGCUCCAUCUCAAAACACUCUCCUUUCUUGCCCUCCGGUAUUUCAUACUCUCCUGGUUUUCCUCUUACCUUUCUGGCCAUCCCUUCUCAUGCUUCCCUUGCAGACUCAUCCUUUUCAACCAGAAUUCCAAAUGCUGGGCCCCACAGCUCAGACCUGAGUCUCUUCUCCAAAUCAUAUCCAAUCCCAUGGCUUUAAACACCAUCUAUAUGCAGAGGACUCCUAAGUUUAUAUCCCCAGAAUUUUCCUCUGAGUUCCAAGACCCGUAUAUCCAAUUGCCUAGACCUGUAAUGGUCAACUUGAACACGUUCAAAAUGGAGCUUUGAUUCAUGCCUUUUCAGUCUUCCUCAUCUCCAUAAAUGACACCACCUACCUAGUUGCAAGGGUCAAAUUGAGAGGUCUUCAUUUCUUCCUUUCUCUCAUUCUCCCUCUACCCCCCUUUAAUCAAUCACGGAUUCUACCACCAAAGGGGUACAACUUCUCUCUGUCUCCACUGAUGUUCCCUAGUCCAAGCCACUGUCACCCUCACCUAGAUUACUACUUAUUCUUCCAUUGGAAGUAGCCUCUCCUUGCUGUGGUUAUUCUUCAUGAUGUCACUUAAUUUCCUCCCUUUAUAGCACUUAUCACAAACUGAGUUCCUGUGUAUGUACUGAAUUUGUUACUGUCUGUUUCUCCAACCAGAAUGUAAACUCUGUGAGGGCAGCGCGCUAUCUCAUUCAUUCCACAAAUAUUAUCAUAAGCCUGCUAAGCUGUGGUUUCUGUUGUAAGUGCUCAGGGGUAGAGAUGUGGUAUGGAGAGAAAGUGUGUGGCAAGAACUGCCUUUCAAGUUUGAGAGAUACAGAUAGGGAAGGUGGAUCUUGCUUGGGUCACAGACCCCAGAGUCUGGACUGUGGAGAGUAGAUGAAAUUGUGGCUGCCAACUUACUAGCAGUUGCCACAGUAUGAGGUCUUAGGCAAAGAAGAAAGUGUCAUGAGACUAAGGGCUGGGGUCAGCUGGAAUGAUAGCCCCCAAAUCCCCCAAGGGACCACAGUACCCAGUGAAGCUGUUUAUGGCCCCCAACUGUCAUCACAGGAGGUCCCCUAAGAAAAUGCUUACUCCUAACCCCCAUCUCAACAUUAAGAAGAACAAUAAAAAGAAGAGGGACUCUAAGAGUCCCUGGAGCCAUGAGUUGGGCUACCACUGGAGGAGUUUGAGUUAUAAGAUGGAAAAUCUUAAUAAUCAGAAUGAGAUUGAGAUGCUCAUUUCACAUUUAUACCUCACAAGUUCAGACAGAUCUCUCAACCAACAUACAUGUAAAGUGCAUUAUGACAGGACUACAGGGAGCUCUGAGAACAAUGGAACCCAAGCUCAUCUAAGGCUCAGGGAAGGCUUCCCAAAGGAAAUGAUGUUUAUGCUGAGCCCAAGGGAUCUCACUUCUCUCUUAAACACACUUGACACUCCCCAUUCCCAAACAAGCCAGGCCUUUUCACCCCUCCCUACAUUUGUAUUCUGGUCCACUUGCCUGGAGGGCUCUCUUCUUUUCUCCCCUACUCGGUCUUGCUAACUCCUACUCAUCCUUUAUGAUCAAGCUCAAAAGAGAAGCCGUGGCCUCAGACUCUCCCCAAAAGAUGAUUAAGUCAGUCCCUUCCCUGAGCUGCUGCAACACGUGGGUACACCGUGUAGGGAUGGUUUGUGUACUUGCUUGUCUCCACCACCACACUGUGAGCUCAUAGUGGCCCAAGAGCACAAGGCAAGCUCAACAGAUGUCUACUGAAUGAAGAAAUGAACGAAUGAUUUAAUUUUUAAAAGGGGUUAGCACCAAGCUGGGGGUAGGGGAAAAUGAUUCAAAGCAGAGGGGUGAGCUGAGCUCCCUGGAAUGGAGCUCCUUGGAGGAAGCAGGCUCCUUCACAGAACCGAGCCUGAAUCAAGCAGAUGUAAUGAACCAACCUCAACAGAAAGUAGGUCAGGUUGUUUCUAUCUCUUUAAGAACUAGAGGCUUCGUUUCCCGCGCCUGCGCACUGAGAGGGUAAACAUCUCUCUUUUUCACCCUCCCCCUCCUUAUACCUAUUGCCCCAACC